UGUUCAGUAAUGGAGCCCACUGUUGUGAGUACAUCCACCCUGGCCCCUGAUGAGUUUGACAGGAAUGUGCCUCGAAUCUGCGGUGUGUGUGGCGACAAAGCCACCGGCUUUCACUUCAACGCCAUGACCUGCGAGGGCUGCAAGGGUUUUUUCAGGCGCAGUAUGAAGCGCAAGGCCUCCUUCACAUGUCCCUUUAACGGCAGUUGCACCAUCACCAAGGACAACAGACGCCACUGCCAGGCAUGCAGACUCAAACGAUGUGUGGACAUAGGAAUGAUGAAAGAGUUCAUCCUGACAGACGAGGAAGUGCAGAGGAAGAAGGACCUCAUUCAGCGGCGAAAGGAUGAAGAGGCCCAACGCGAAGCGGAGAGAGAGGCACGGCGUCCUCGACUGACUGACGAACAGAGUCAAGUCAUCGCCACACUGGUGGAGGCGCACCACAAAACAUUCGACGACUCCUACUCUGACUUCUGCCGCUUCAGGCCUCCUGUGCGCGAGGGGCCAGUGACGCGCAGUGCCAGCAGAGCCGCGUCCCUCCACUCUCUAUCAGACGCCUCCUCUGAUUCCUUCAGUCACUCCCCGGAAUCAGUCGACACCAAAAUGAACUUGAGCAACUUGAUGAUGAUGUACCACGAUCAGGGUAGCAGCCCUGACUCCAGUGAGGAAGAAGCAUCCAGCUUCUCAAUGCUUCCACAUUUGGCAGACCUGGUCUCUUACAGCAUUCAGAAAGUCAUUGGCUUUGCUAAGAUGAUCCCUGGCUUCAGAGAGCUGACGGCAGAGGAUCAGAUCGCCUUGCUAAAGUCAAGUGCCAUUGAGGUGAUCAUGCUGCGGUCAAAUCAGAGUUUCAACCUGGAAGACAUGUCCUGGAGCUGUGGUGCGCCUGACUUUAAGUACCAGAUCAGUGAUGUCACUAAAGCUGGCCACACUCUGGAGCUGCUGGAGCCAUUGGUUAAGUUCCAGGUGGGCCUCAAGAAGCUCAACCUGCACGAGGAGGAACAUGUGCUGCUGAUGGCCAUCUGCUUGCUUUCUCCAGACCGCCCAGGAGUGCAAGACCACACACGGAUUGAAGCCCUCCAAGACCGCUUGUCAGUAACCCUGCAGGCUUACAUCCAGCUCAACCACCCCGGAGGGAGCCUGCUCUAUGCCAAAAUGAUCCAGAAACUGGCCGACCUACGCAGCCUCAACGAGGAGCACUCCAAACAGUACCGCUCGCUCUCCUUCCAGCCCGAGCAUAGCAUGCAGCUCACCCCACUGGUGCUGGAGGUGUUUGGCAGCGAGGUCUCUUAA